AUGGAUUCGCUGAACAUAAAGCUGGAGGUGCCGGAUCUACCGCUGCCCCUCAGCGAGGACGGUUUGAUGAUGGCGGGCACGGAUUUCCUCCCGAACGGCAGCGACCUGUUCCUGGGCGAUGACGACGAUGACGUGAUCGUGGUGCACAUGGAUUUGCGCGAGAAUCUGUCCACCCUGCGGGGUUUGGUGGAGCGAAAGAUAGGCCUGUCGCUGAAGCACUACGAGUUCUGGCUCCAGGGCUCGACGAUGCUCGAAUCGCACAAGAAUCUCGUCGACCAGUGCGUGCAGGGCGAGGGCCUGGUGCAGAUAAACGUGCAGGUGCAGCCGACCAAACGUCGCAUCAACAUAGCGGACGUGCUGAAACCGACCGAUGAGGUGCUUGAGUCGUACCAGCGCGAACUCGAACAGGCAGCGGCCGUGGCCAAACAGGUGGCAAUUGGCGAUGAUCCGUGGCAAACGGCGACGACCACCGAUGCACCCGCAGUGGAUGUUCCCGAGCCGGAAGCGGCCAGUACGAAGAACAGCGCGCGAACGUCACCCGUCACCAGCAGUGGCCGGAUGUUCCCAUCGAAUAGCAGCGAUUCGCUAAACGACGGUGACAGCCCGCUGGCCACCGGUGGUGUAAAGCCAAGCCUCACGAAGGAAGCACAGGAAACGGCCAACGCGGUGGCGGCCAUCAUCAACUCAGUGAGUGCGGAAGAGCGCGAACGGGAGCGCAAGAAGGAAAAGGACCGGCAGAAGAGCGGCGACAAAGUGGUCGGAAAGUUUGUUCCACUCAUCAAGGAGGAAGCGCUGGGUUUUGCGGACAACUCGAUGGACGAUUGCGACGAGUCCGAUCUGGAUGGGACCGACGAACCGGCGGCUGCCCUGCCGUGGGUGUACGAUAGCGGGUUCAAGCGGGACCAGCAGCGGCUGAACAUACCGGAGGAACCGACCGAAUGGACGGUGGCGCACGUGAAACACUGGAUCCAGUGGGCGGUGCGGACGUUCAAUCUGAAUGGCAUCAAGCUACAGGAUUGGAACGUCACCGGGAAGGAGCUGUGCGAGCUGAAGCGGGACGAUUUCCGGUUGAAGGUGCCCACCGAUCCGGGCGGCAUGUUCUGGACGCAUCUGGAUUUGCUGCGGCAGCACAAGAUCGUUGCCACGUUGCAGAAACCGAUCGAUGGGGAAGAUCUGGACGAGAUGGCCAUUCGUAGGAAAAUCCCCAAGGGCAACCUGGGAAGUGAGUACGAAGCGAAGAGCGUAAUCCGUGCGGACAAGCGGCUUAACGAUAUCGUUUCGAUUGCAGACGAAUCCAGCUACUGUGGCAAUCGGACGGGAAACAAUGGCCAGAUCCAGCUGUGGCAGUUUUUGCUCGAGAUCCUCACCGAUCGUGAGCAUCGCGCGAUCAUCCAGUGGAUCGGCACCGACGGGGAGUUUAAGCUGUGCAACCCGGAGCUUGUGGCUCAGCUGUGGGGCGAACGGAAAAACAAACCGACGAUGAACUACGAGAAGUUGUCCCGAGCGUUGCGGUACUAUUACGACGGUGACAUGAUCUCGAAGGUGCACGGGAAGCGGUUCGUGUACAAGUUCGUGUGUGACCUGCGCGAGCUGCUGGGGUACGAUGCGUCCGAGCUGUCGGCGCUGGUGAACGAGGGCCCACCGGUAAUCGUCGAUACGCAGUACGAGCUGAAGAACUACGACGUCGAUUUCGAAUGAUUCGCGGUCGGCGUU